AUGUCACGCUCCGCUAGCGCCGACGACCAUAGCAAGGGCCCCUCCGGCUCCGCCGCUAUCGCCGCCAACGUCGUCCCACCUUUCCGCCCGAACGUCCUGCAGCAGGCCGUUCGCGCCCUCAUCCGCAUGUGCCAAUUCGCCGUCGCUUACUUUGUAAUGCUUCUUGUCAUGUACUACAACGGUUACCUCAUCAUCUGCAUCUUCAUCGGUUCCUAUAUUGGCGCCUUCCGUUUCCAAUGA